CAGGCAUCACCAAUUCUGUGGACCAACACUUUACCCACUAAUCUCUCUCCUACUUUAGGAGAGAGAAAAGACUCACCAAAAAAGGCAAAAACGUUAAGCACAAAAACAUGGCUGAACAAUUACCACCAAAGUACGGCAAGUGUUUUGUGUGUUCAAUGGUUCUGAAUAUGUUGCUGAUACUGUGUUUGUUUGUCGGGCAUACAAAUUGGAAGCCGAGCUGGAGCAUGAGGGCCGCCAUGGAGGCAGAAGCAGUGGCGUCGGAGUCGUGCUCUGGCCAUGGCAGGGCCUACUUGGACGGCUUACUUGUGGAUGGAAAGCCAGUCUGUGAAUGCAAUACUUGCUUUGGCGGACCUGAUUGCUCUCAGUUUUCACCUGAUUGUCCUGCAGACGUCAACAGUGGGAAUCCUCUGUUUUUAGAGCCAUUUUGGAUGCAAAAUGCAGCUAGCGGCGCGCUACUAGUUUCAGGGUGGCAUAGAAUGAGCUACUCGUACGACGAUGACUCCAAUAUCUCAGAAGAGCUCGAAAAACAUAUCCGAAAACUGCAUUCAAUCGUCGGGAAUGCAGUUACGGAAGGAAGAUUCAUCGUCUUUGGCACUGGCUCAACCCAACUCCUCAAUGCAGCAGUUCAUUCUCUUGCCCUCACCAACUCGUCCUCGAGGGCAGGGGUCGUGACCACAAAGCCAUUUUAUCCGGCAUAUAAAUCACAGACCGAUUUCUUUCGAUCGGUGGACUAUAAUUUUGUUGGGGAUACAUCUCAGUUUAAGAAUGCUACAGAUGGGAAUGCAAACAUCAUCGAAUUCGUAACUUCACCGAACAAUCCAGAUGGUCUGUUGAAAAAGGCAGUGCUUGAAGGCCCCCAUGCCAAAGCCAUUAAUGAUCAUGCCUAUUUCUGGCCUCAUUAUACAGCAAUUCCAGCUCCAGCAGAUGAAGAUGUCAUGAUUUUUACUCUUUCUAAGCUCACUGGCCAUGCCGGCUCGAGAUUUGGGUGGGCAGUGAUAAAGGAUGAGGCUGUGUAUCAAGCAAUGUCAGCCUAUACCAGUCAAAUUUCCUUCGGUGUUUCUCAUGAUACCCAGUUGGUAGCAUUGAAGCUACUAAAAUUUGUUGCUCAGGGAAAAGGAGAAAUUUUCGACUUUGGAUUCGAAACAAUGAGGAAUCGCUGGGAGAUUUUGGGCAAGACUCUGUCGGUCUCGAGCCGAUUCUCCGUCCAAGAAAUCGAGCCUCAGUAUUGCUCCGUCUACCAAAAAGUCAGAGAUCCUUCUCCAGCUUAUGCAUGGUUCAAAUGUGAGAGAGAAGAAGAUGAAGAUUGCUACGCAGUGCUGAGAGCAGCCGGUAUAAUUUCCCGUCAAGGCACCCUAUUUGGUGCAGAUAGCCGAUAUGUGCGUCUCAGCCUUAUCAAAACACAAGACGAUUUCGAUUUAUUAAUCCGGAAGUUAACCAUAUUGGUGUCUGAGGAAGAUGGAGCCAAAAUUAUGUGAAGAACGUAUAUGAAUCAACUUGUCGUUGAUUACAAUUUGCAAUUCAAUUCUUGUUGAUUGCAUUGUUUCGCAGUAAAUAAGUAGCCGUAGUGUUGGGAUAAGUUGAUGUAUUGUGUGUACAAUUGAAAUGUUGUACAUCAUGUAGCAUGGGAUGACUGAUAGACAGUACCAUUCAUGCGUAAACGCGCCUCGAGAAGCUGUUUUGCCCGUCUUGAUCGGUUAUUUAGUUUGGUUUGGUCCU